ACCUGCUGGGCGCGCGCUGAUUGGACGCUGCCUGCCGGAAAGAAUACAUGCGAACCGAGCGGAUCAGUGUCCUGGAUUCCGAACCGAACCGAACCGAACCCGAGCCCGGGCUUCUCGAGGCGGAUCUGCGUGGAAGAUGGCGGAGUUGAGCGCAGUCCGAGAGGAACUUAGAAACAGAAAUCUGAGCAGUUCUUUCGGGGAGCCUCUGUGUACGUCACCACAAAAAGAUGAGCAACAGAAACUGGCCGUGCCGUUCUGUGGCGGCAUCCGGGGAGGAAUGAGGCCGGGGAAGAAAAUCACGAUCAUGGGCGUCGUGAACGCAGAUCCGGACAGUUUUGACAUCAGUCUGACGUGCGGCUGCGGGGACGUCGCUCUGGAUAUGUGCGUACAGUUCGAAGACCGGGAGAUUUUGCGAAACGCCUGCGUUUCUGAUAGCUGGGGCGAGGAGGAGAGGUCAAUACCCUACUUCCCCUUCAUCGCAGAGCAGCCUUUCAGGGUUGAGAUCCAUUGUGAGCACCCGCGCUUCCGUGUGCUGGUGGACGGCCAUCAGCUCAUUGACUUCUACCACCGCGUGACGCCGCUGGAGGCCAUCGACACCAUACAGAUCAGCGGCAGUCUGACCAUCACCAAGCUCAACUGACGUCUGCUGCGUCACAUGAAAGCAGCUUCCCCACCAGCCCAUCCGUUCUGAGCAUUAAAGACUGUCUGCGAUACCGAAGGACGCUUCAGAAUCAUCUAGAACUCAACUUGAAACCGCAUUUUGAGCUAUAAGAAGGCAUUUAUUUUUAUGAGCAUCAAAAUUCGCUGUAGGCAACACCAUUUGCAACCCAUUGAUUUUGUUUUUUGAGUGCAACAGGAUAUUAAAAUAGAAAAAACGUAGAGUGGCGUUGAUUUCCUUCCAUCAGGAUUACGAAAAGUGUGUGUUCAGUACUAGAAGAUUGGCUAAAUAACUAUGUGGCUGUUGGUUAAGUGACGUAUUUUUGUAGUCCAACCCAUAAGUUUGCAAUGCAUCAUUCUGGUACUUUGACAAAAACCCAAUAGGAUUUUUCCAUUGGCUUUUGGAUUAUUGCAGAAAAUAAGCUCUGUGACCUACAAAUGUUUAUGAUUUUUUACACGUUUUGUUCAUUAUGAUAAAUUUUGAAUUCUAAAUACAAUCGUGUGACUUCAACAUCACCAUCACUAAGAUUCAUACAGCUCUUUCAGUCUUUCUAUAAAAACAUUUCCCUGAAAGUUUGAGUUGGAACAGUUCACGAGAGCACAAUGAGGCUGUGAAAGCGACUAGUGAGUAGACGAGUUACCUGGUUGGCUUGAUGACAUUUAAGUCCCUGACAGCCUUUGUAGCCCAUUGAGCCACUUGUUAGCAACCGCAUUAAAACGUGAACAUAUCCUGAGCUUGUGUUCAACACAGAUCUUAUUUUAGGCAUUUAACCAAAAACCCAUUCAAAAAAA